UUUCUGCCUCGCUGCCAGUCUCGUAGUGGCGCGGGAGUGUAGAGUGCUUGAGAGGCUCUGGAACUAGGAAAAGAGUGCGAAAUUGUUUGCUGUUCCUGUUACUGUGACGUGGCUCCUCCUCCUCCGGCCUUCUACUGAAAGCUUUAAGAGCCAAGCGAAGUCCUCCCUCCAACAAACAAGCAGAAAACAGACCAUGGCAAACCCCAACGCCAGCGCCUCCUCCUCCUCCGCCACCCUCGCCUCUCUCAGCCGCUUCUCCACCGUCGACUACGCCAUCUUCGUCAUCCUCCUGCUGGCGUCGCUGCUGGUGGGGAUGCUCUCGGGAUGGCGCAGCGGCAAGAGGGACACCAAGGACUUCCUGACGGGGGGGAGGACCAUGAACCCGUUCGCGGUGGUGCUCUCUCUCCUCGGCGGCGUCGUGUCGGCGCUCUCCGUCCUGGGAAACGCCACGGAAAUGUACCUUUACGGAACGCAACUGUGGCUCAAUCUCCUCGGCUGCAUCUACGGCGCCUGCUUCGUCAUCUCCACUCUCCUGCCGGUGCUUUACCCGCUCGGCCUCGCCACCAUGAAUGAGUACCUACAGUUACGCUUCGAUUCGCCGGUCCUGAGGAAACUAGGCUCGCUGUGUCAGCUCGUCAACAGCGGGUUUUAUUUGGGCAUCUGUCUGUAUGCCCCGUCGCUCACCCUCAGCUCGGUCACCAGGCUGCCUAUGUGGGCGGCGAUCGUGUCUCUGGGCGUCAUCUGCUCCGUGUAUAUUUCCCUGGGCGGCGUGAGGGCGGUGGUGUACACAGACGUCCUGCAAACGACGGUCAUGUUCGUGGGCGUCUUGGCUGUGGUCAUGCAAGUGUGUAUCGAUCUCGGAGGCUUAGAUGAGGUGUGGAGCCGAGCCGUCGCGGGAGAUCGGAUCGACUUCUUCAACUUCGACCCGAGCCCCCUGGUGCGCCACACGUUCUGGUCGGUGCAGGUCCUGGGCGCCUACUUCUUCGUCAGCACCAUCGGCAUCUCGCAGCCGCAGUACCAGAGGCUCGUGUCCGUCAGGAAUCUCAGGAUAUCGCAAAUGCUCUGCAUCGCCUUCGUCAUCGGACUCAUACUCCUGUGGUCUCUCUUCUACCUCUCGGGCCUCGUCGCCUACGCCGCCUACGAGGACUGCGACCCCCUAAGCAACGGCCAGAUCGAGAAGCCAGACCAGAUCCUCGCGUUUCUCGUGGCCGAUAAGCUCCACCACCUUCCUGGGAUGACCGGGGUGUUCGUCGCAGCUGUGGCCGGCGCCGUGCUGAGUUCCCUCUCGUCGCAAGCCAACGCAAUGGUGGUGCUUCUGUGGGAGGAUUUCCUGAACGGCUUUUGGGUCUUCAGAGACAUCUCGCACACGAAGGCUAAGACGAUAACGCGGGUCUUGUCCUCAUGCAUGGGUCUCCUGGGCAUCGCUCUGGCGUUUCUGGUCGCCAACCUUGGCACCUUAUUCCAAGUAGGCUACAGUAUCAGUGGCGCUCUCGUUAGCCCCCUGGACGGACUCUUUGUAACAGGAAUCUUAGCCCCUUGGGUCAACGAGAAGGGUGCCUUAGCAGGCUUCAUCUCAGCUCUGGGCUUUAACCUGUGGCUCGUGGUUGGGAAAUUUGUCCACGGAGCUGGGAAGAGCGAGAAACUGCCCCUUUCGACAGAUGGCUGUUUGGCAGAGGAAUUGCUGUUGGGAGGAACCGUGAAUGGCACUGGGGUAGUUAUCAAUGGAACUGAUUACGUAGCCCUCACUACUACUACUACUACUACUACUACUGCUGCUCCUGUGAAUCAGCUGAUCGAGGAGAGAGACUACAUCUGGGUCUACGAUAUUUCUUACUGUUAUCUGGGUGCCGUGGGAAUCCUGAUCGUCCUCACAGUAUCGACGGUGGUGUCCGUGAUAACAGGCGUUCGAAGGCCUGAGGAAACGGACGAGAGUUUGGUCAGCAAGAGGUGUCUUGCCUUCUACCGAUGGCUUUGCGACAGAUUCUUCCCGAAGAGGAAUUACAGCGUGGACAACGGGACUUUUGAUGUCAAGAAGGAAGGCGUGGAUAAUCGAAGUGCUGACGUCAUUACGGAAGCAAGCGGGGUUUCGAAUGAUAUGGAAAUGAAGUCAGUGAAGUGAACGUCCGUGGAAAGAGGUGUAGGAGAAUGUGUGAUCCGUUUUCUAUGCAGUGAAAGAGAAGGAAUGACAUUUACGGGUAGACUGAUGAAAAUAUGUUGUAGUGGCCGGUAAAGGAUAGAGUAAAUUUGAAUGAAACUCGUGCUGUACAGAGAACAGUGAAUAGAAAUAUGUUGAACACACAAUAAAUACCCUUUGUUAUAUUCGUUGAUAGAAGGGAUUGGAACGAUAAUGCUAAUGAAAAUAUAAAUAGGGGAAAAAAAUUAUCAUGAAAAUGUCAUUGUUUACAACAUCGUCAAAAUCAUAUUCACUCACCAAUGUUACAUUCAUCAUUUUAUGAAUCUCCUUGUUCUUUAUUAGCAUCACCAUAUUCCUUGGACUGUGUGAUAAUUUAGUACAUAUCUUGUAAGACUGAAAGAAAAAUAAUCUUUAAGGUUAACGCAGUAAUGAUUCUAUGCCUGGUGGUACCUGAUAUAUAUAGGUUAUAUCUCUUUUUGUUUCUUUUACAUAAAGUGAGAAUGAGAGGUAGUUUAUAUAUUGUGUGGGAAUAUUAUGAAUGAGACAAUUUUUUUCGGUUUAUAAAAUAGACAUUUAAUAUUUUGGAUACUGCAUGUUCUGAGUCAAGUAAUUUUAAUGAACAUGAAAAAUAUAAUAAUGUAUAAAAUAUCAAAACGUCCUUUUUAUUCUCAAUCGUAUAUUUUCUACAUUUGUUAUAGUGAGCUCUAUAUUCUGUUGUAAUACAGAGAUUAAUAAUGUUUAAAAUAGAUUA